AUGUCUAACCACGACUCCGUCAACAUGAAGCUUCCAGCUAUACAAUCCACGGCUGGAGCCGUGCCCGUCCGGAAUGAGAAAGGCGAGAUCUCAAUGGAGAAGGUGAAGGUAAAGAGAUACGUGUCGGGCAAGCGUCCAGACUACGCACCGAUGGAGUCAUCAGAUGAGGAAGAGGAGGAUUUCCAGUUUGUCAAAAAGGGAAAGGAAAUGGAGCCCGAGUUGGAACAGGAGGAAGAGGAUGUAUCAGACCCCCGUCUAAAGCGUUUGCUCAACCGUGUCUCUGAGGACGUGGAGGAGAGGCUUGCGAGACAUCGACAGAUAGUGGAGCCUGAAGUCGUCGCAGAGAGCAGCGAAGACUCUGAUGAAGGCACGUGGCAUCCACAACGGGAGGAGAGCAGCGAGGAUGAAGAAGAGGAAGAGGAAGAAGUUGACGAUGAGGAAAUUGAGAGGCGUCGAGCAAUGAUGCGGCAACGAGCUUUGGAACGCAAGACAGAAGAGAUGGAAGUCAUGGAGGUGGAGGAGGAAGGCAAAUCCGCGGAGGAAUCUGAAUCAGAGUCUGAAUAUGAAGAAUAUACAGAUAGUGAAGAUGAAGCGGAGCCCAGACUUAAACCAGUCUUCAUCCGCAAAAAGGACAGAGUGACGGUAGCAGAGCGGGAAGCAGAGCAGCAAAAGCAACGAGAGCUGGAGGCAGAGGCCAAGAGGCAACAGGAAGAGCGGCGACGCUACACACUGAAGAUAGUAGAAGAGGAGGCAAAGAAAGAAUUUGAGGAGAAUAGGCGCAGUCUGGCCGCUCUGGAUGCUCUCGACACGGAUGGUGAGAACGAGGAAGAGGAGUACGAAGCCUGGAAAAUUCGUGAACUGAAACGAAUUAAGAAGGACCGAGAAGCUAGAGAAGCGAUGGAGAAAGAAAAGGCAGAAAUUGAGCGAUUCCGUAAUAUGAAAGACGAGGAGCGCAGGGCUGAGCUCCGCAACAACGGUAAAGUCAUCACCAACAAAGCGUCCAAAGGCAAAUACAAGUUCCUUCAGAAGUACUACCACAGAGGAGCCUUCUUUUUGGAUGAGGAGGACGAAGUUUACAAGAGAGACUUCAGCGCACCCACUCUGGAGGAUCACUUCAACAAAACCAUUUUGCCCAAAGUCAUGCAGGUUAAAAACUUUGGGCGGUCAGGACGUACCAAGUAUACCCACUUGGUGGAUCAGGAUACCACAUCGUUUGAGUCUGCGUGGGCUCAGGAAAGUGCUCAGAACAACAAGUUCUUUAAGCAGAAGGCAGCGGGAGUAAGAGACGUGUUUGACAGACCUACUGUGAAGAGGAAGAAGACUUAA